AUGCUUCGACCAACAAUAUUAUUAGUUGUAUUAGUAUACAUUCUCAACAACAACAUCGCAGCAGCUACUGAAUUAACUAGAAACGCUAGAUCGUUUAACUUAAACACAGGAGAGCUAGAUAUAAACUCUCUCAUUUCCAACAGUUUUGGAAAUAUUAGCUCCAUUAUCACCUUUUUGAAAUCUCAAUUUAGAGACAUUGUUAUUGAUCUUGGUAUUGAAAUGGUAAAAUUUAUAAGAUCCAUAUUACACGAAUUUAAAGUAAGACUUUUUAAAAGGCUUGGAAAGUAUACGCUUUCGGAUGUUUUCCAUUUUGUAUUUGACGGUGUUUUUGAAUUUGUCGGUGAAAGUGACAGUGAAGAGAUAAUUGAUGUACAAAAUAAGACCUUGGACUCUUCCAUUUACGACCCAAAUUAUGCUUUCCCAGACCCUUAUUUAUUAGAUAAGCUUAUUCGAGCGGCUGAGGAAAAA